AUGUUUUACCUUACGCAAACUCCCCUAUAUUCGCUACUAUUGCUUGCUAUAUUGCAAUUGCUUGAUAUCACUCCUUCCCUGCCUGCCUGCCUGCCUGCUUGCUUGCUUUCUGCAUCCUGCCUACUACCCGUCUCUCCGUCGCGUCUCCCACCAACCACUCACUCGCCCUCGCUUCCUUCCUUGCCAAGCCCCGGCCUCCCCCCCAAACACCCACCACCCACCCCUUCACACGCCAUCACCACCACCCCCCCCCCCCUAACCGCAACCACGGCCUCCCCAUCGCCCGCCCGCCGUCAUCCACCGGCCCCCUACGCCCACCCGCGCCGCCACAGCCAGCAGCAGUACCAACAACACCGAACACUGCACCUCACCCGCCCGCCGUCCAUCUACACCACCGCCACCACCGCCCGACGAGCCCCACCACCACCGCCGCCGCACCCCGCCACCGCCCCAAGCACUGCCUUCUCCUCGUCGUCCGAGGAGCUCCUCGAAGCUGCCUCCUCGCCCACAACAACAACACGGACAGCAACAACCGCCGCAACCACAAUCUCGGCCGACACCCGCAGCGCCUACUCCAUCACCGUCCUCCCCCUCCAAGGCCCGCGCCUCACAACCACCCACAUCCGCCGCUGCAGCAGCACAAGCACAAGCACCAGCACGCCCAUGAGCUCCCGCCACACCACCACCACAACCACACAGCACCCCCCGCACCCCGGCUCCUACCUCUCCACAACACCCUCCUCCACAACCCGCUCAAACACCCCCAUCAAGCUCCCCCUCCAAAUGACUGCCCCCACCGCCGCCCCCACCACCACCUCCACCCCCACCCCCCGCUCCUGGCUCGGCGACCCCGACGACGUCCCCCUCGACGACCUCCGCACCCCCAAGCACCACCACCGCGCCCAAGUCCUCGUCCCGCAACAAGCCUCGCAAGUCACCAUCUCCACCCCCGGCCUCCCCCCCCCCAACGCCACCACCCUCCCCGCCGUCGGCGACGAAGAGUCGCGCCCCGGCUCGCGCGACAGCGAAUGGAACAGCACGCACCCGUGCUACCCGCACCGCAACCCGUACGUGCCGCUCGACAGCGCGCUCUACCGCACCACGCGCAUCAUCCGCAUCAGCCGCGACUUCAUGGUGUACGGCGAUCUCGCGCCGGCGUAUUCAAACGUGUUCCCGGACAUCCUGGAGCCGCACGUGACGGAGGAGCAGUUCCGGGUUGUGGUGGCGCGGGUGAAUGAGGAGAUGCGCAGGGCGUUUGAUCCGUGGAGCGUGUGGAACUGGUCAUUGCAAGCGCGUGUUGCGGGGGUGGAGGCGUAUUUGGAGGGGUGGAAUAGGGAGCUGGAGAGGUUGGGGCAGAGGGCGGUGUUUAUACCGUUGAGGAGGACGGGGUAUAUGAAUCUCGAUAUCCAGAUCCCCGACCCCAUCCCCGACCCCGCCGCCACAGACGAGGACGACACAGAGUCGAAGUUUGUCGACGAGGACGCAUCGGAGACGGGCAGCACCAUCGGCCCGCUCGGCAGCGAGGCCGGCCACCACAGCCUCCGCAUGAACAGCAUGAACGGCCGCGGCGGCGGCCGCAUGGGCAGUCUGGGCAGUGGCGACUACUCGAAUGAUGCUGGUAGCUAUGGCCGAUGA